GGGGAGACUGGGGCUGGUUGUCACAGAGGAAGUUCCCAGUAAAGAAGUUUAAGGUGUUGCUAUGAUGAUGUCUGUCAGAAUGGCUCCUCCUCUUCCUCUGAUCUUUUUUACUAUGAUGCUCAGGGUUUCUAUGGCUGAUUGGGGUGUGAUUUACAGUCAUUCACACAUCUGUGCACUAAAGAACUCAUCAGUGAUAAUGAGCUGCUCUUAUACUUACCCCACUGGACAUCAAAUCGAGAAAGUGUUCUGGACCAAAAUAAAUGUUAAAGCAAAAGAAGAAUUUCCAGAUCUGUUUGAGGAUCCUGAAUACAGUCAGAGGCUUCAGUAUCUGGGAGACAAACAGCAGAACUGCACCAUCAGACUGAGUCAUGUGACACAGAAGGACCAACACAUGUACUAUUUCAGAUUCAUAACUAAUAUAGAUAAAUGGCUUGGUAAACCAGGAGUGACUCUUACUGUCACAGAUCUUCAGGUGGAGGCUCCUGAGAGAGUGACAGAGGGUCAUAAUGUCAGUCUGACAUGUAAAAGCAGCUGCACUCUGACUGACAGAGCAACAUUCAUCUGGUACAGAAACUCACAACCAUUAACUGAGAGAAGAGACAGAAACAAUCAACUCCUGCUGCAGUCAGUCAGAAGAGAGGAUGCAGGCAGAUACAACUGUGCUCUACAUGGACACACUUACAUCUCUCCUGCUGCUCAGCUCACUGUCACCUAUCCGCCAAAGAAUGUCUCAGUGUCCAUAAAUGGAUCUGGUGUAAUAGUGGAGGGAGAUUCAGUGACUCUGAACUGCAGCAGUGAUUCAAAUCCUCCUGCUCUGAACUUCAGCUGGUUUAAAGGAGGAACGUUUGUAGGAUCUGGAAGAAUCUACAGCAUCUCAAACAUCAGCUCUGAUCACAGUGAAGAAUACAAGUGUAGAUCCAUCAAUGAACAUGGAGAGGAAUACUCUGCUGCUGUGACUUUACAUGUCAUGUAUCCUCCCAGGAACGUCUCAGUGUCUAUAAAUGGAUCUGGUGUAAUAGUGGAGGGAGAUUCAGUGACUCUGACCUGCAGCAGUGAUGCAAACCCUCCUGCAGAAAUCAGCUGGUUUAAAGGAGGAAUGUUUGUAGGAUCUGGAAGAAUCUACAGCGUCUCAAAGAUCAGCUCUGAUCACAGUGGAGAAUACAAGUGUAGAUCCAUCAAUGAACAUGGAGAGGAAUACUCUGUUGCUGUGACUUUACAUGUCAUGUACCCUCCCAGGAAUGUCUCAGUGUCUGUAAAUGGAUCUGGUGUAAUAGUGGAUGGAGAUUCAGUGACUCUGAUCUGCAGCAGUGAUUCAAACCCUCCUGCUCUGAACUUCAGCUGGUUUAAGGAGACUCAAAGCUCAGCUGUUGGAUCUGGACAGAGUUUCAGUGCACUACAGAGCGGACGCUUCUACUGUGAGGCUCACAAUCAACACGGAUCGCAGAGAUCAGACGCUGUUACUGUCACUGUUAAAGGAGGUCUGGUAAAACUGUACAUAUCUGUCGGUGUGAUUUGUGGAGCUGCAGUUAUCAUAACAAUGCUUAUUUGGUAA